UUAGUAAGGCAAGCGCACCAGUCAGUAUAUUUGCUUUUUGACGGCGGCCUCUGUGGGAUAACUUGCAUGAACUUCGGACCACUGAGUUUGGUGGGCUGAACUACCCUUUACCUUCAUGCGUUGCAACACUUCCUUUUAACAAUAAGCCUUUACGCGUGGACAUCUAUAGCAUUUUCAUCCCUUGAGUCAAAAGAGAUGAUAUUGUUGAAGCACAAGGCAGCUGCCCUUGGAUUUAUGUGCAUCAUUACGCUCUUCUUUCUUCUAAACAAUCUUUCUAAAAAACAAGACCUUAUUUGCCCAGAUGAGGAGUUCUAUGAUGAAGAAGCAGAACAGUCCUCAGGCAAACCCAUAGUGUUGCUGUGGUUCUGGCCGCUUGGUGUGAAGUUUAACUUCAAGGCCUGUUCCACACACUUCCAAGUCGAUAGCUGCGCGCUGACAGCUCAGAGGUCCCUGUACAGCGUGGCUGACGUGGUCAUUUUCUACCACAAAGACAUCGGCCCAUUUCAGUGGUACAUGCCGAGGGCCCCCUGCCCGUCUUUCCAGAAGUGGAUCUGGUUUAACGUGGAGUCCCCGACCAACACGCUCAAGAAAUCAGGCCUGGAAAACCUCUUCAACCUGACGUUGAGCUACCGGCGAGACGCCGACAUCACCGUGAGGAACGAACUGACUAUCAGGAGCCCGCAGACGAACACCAAUGACCCGUUUGUUUUGCCAAAGAAGGACAAGCUGGUAUGUUGGAUUGUGAGUAAUAACAAUCCAAGCAGUGGAACGAGUGCAAGGGAACUGUAUUAUAAACAACUGGCCAACCACAUUGACAUUCAUGUGUUUGGCGCAGCAUUUUCCGGACAACCAUUGUCCUAUGACGACUAUUACCCAACUCUCGCUAGAUGUAAGUUCUAUCUGUCGUUUGAGAACUCGUUACACAGAGACUACAUCACAGAGAAGUUGAACGGGCCACUGGUGGCGGGGACGGUUCCUGUAGUGAUGGGCCCACCCAGAGAGAACUAUGAGGAGUUUUUUCCGGCCGAAUCCUUCAUUCAUGUUGAUGACUUCAAGGACCCUGAGUCACUAGCAGACUUUCUGCUCCACUUGGACCAGAGCCACACAGAGUAUAUGCGGUACUUUGAAUGGAGAGAGUUUUACACUGUCACACCUCAUCUCCUGUCCACGGAGAAUGAGUUCAUUCACCCCAUCUGUCUGGCGUGUGAGCACAUGUCGAAGGACAAAGCCUACCGUGUCAAACCAGAUCUUUACAGAUGGUUCUUUUCCUGAACUGAAGGGUUUGCAAAUUAAUUUUGUACCUGUAUUAAAGAGUCAGUGAACUCUUAACUGUUUGAGAUGGAAUGUGAACACUAUGUUAUGAAAAAAAAAGCAGUUUGGGCUGAGUUUUAGGAAAGAGGCAGCGUGUUAUCGUUAUGUCCCACGCCAACUUUAUGAUAGUUUUUUUGUACUGUGUCGUUGUGUAAUUGUUAUGAGCGUUAUAAUAAGCAAUGUUUUAUUUGAAAUGCGCCACACAACGUAGCGUUAUACUAUAGGUGUCCGGGAAGCUGAACCUACACUUAAAUACCGACAUUAAAUACAUCACUGCUUAGGGGGAGCUCAGAGAGACUACCUCGGAAAAGGUAGUCUGACGUCCGAAAAAGAACGCCACCUGCUUUCGCAGCAGAAUGGAACGUUAAUGGGGACACCUUUAUCUGUGCUGGAUAGAUGAGCGAUGAUUACUUCAGUCCACUGAGUAGGCUGGUAGACUGAUCUAUCCAGCACAGAUCUAGGUGGACACGCCCACUAGUGAUGUCAUAUGGGGCAGAUUUUCAAAACGGAUUGUACGGCAAAUCACACUCAUACAUGGUGGUAUAAUAUGUCCCCUUUCAUUUAUUUUUUUGGUGAGCACAGCAAAAACAUAGCAUUUCACCGCUUUUUUCUCUAAAUCUGGGACUUAUUUCAGUAAUAUUGAUUAAAAGGCAUAGAUUACUAUCUUGACGAUCAUAUAAGACAAAUGAACACGUUUGAAACCAUAAAAUUGUGGUUUUGGGUUCACUGGCUCCUUAAGCUAACAUGACAGUGAUUACUGCUACCUGCGACAUCUGCUGGAGAUUCCGGGAGACCUUUAAAAGCUGGGUAAUCUGGGUUGGUCUAGCACAGGGGUCGGCAACCUUUUCUUUGUAAAGGGCCAUUUUUGUUUAGAAAUGGGGCAUGGAAAUCUGUCUGGGGUUGCAUAAUAUCUUUUUGCAAAAGCUAUUUCGCUACUUUAGAAAUUAAAUAGCCUGUAUAGGCAUAUACAACAAUUUUAGUUUAUUCAAUGAAUAUAAGCAAUUGCAUAAAACAUAGGCUACAAAACAAGCAACGUUUUUUUAUUGAAGUGAAUGUAAUAUUUAACCAGACAUAAAGGGAGGAAAGCAGGAAAAAUCAAAAAUAAUUCAAGUUGAAAUGAAGUAGGUCUAGCCCUGCAGCCUUAGUCCAUGUUUCUGCAAAUGAAAUGAAUAUCAUUGCAUCAUAGAAAAUAUCAGCCUAACACUGUUUCUGAAAAUGAAAAUCAUCUUUAAAAUUACAACACUGGUAAACAUUUUAAUAGUUUAACUUUGACUGUCCAGUUCAGUGCUAAGUAGUCUUGUUGCAUUGAUUCCCAGCAACACUCAGGGUUUUUUCUACGAAAAACAACUUGUUAUAAUGAGAUAAUCAAACACACCCUACCUUUCGCAUCAAGUUUAAUGAGAUUUUUGUUUCUGAAUUGCAUUGCAGAAUUUCUGAAUAUCAGGGUUGUAUGAUGUUUUCAGCUAAUAUAUCUUUCUCUUUUUUGGAUCCAUAGCUAGGCGAUCUUAGCAACCUACCCUUUCAUAGGCUACUGCGAUCAGAAAAUAGGACAAAAAAAAGAUCUUGACGUAUGCACGAAAUAUAUUUAAAAAAAACGAACUGGCUCAAAUGUACACAUGCCAUUUGCCUUUUGCAAGGAGAAAUUAUUUUUGAAUCCAAAACAGUAAAUGUAAUUGUUGUUGGGAUAGGCCAAAAAUGAUCUAUGAUCAGGUGGGAAUUUACGGUAACCCCACCUUCUCACCAACUUGUUUCACAAAUAAGAAACUGAAACAAUAAACCAUUUUAUACAUACUUUAUGAUUUUAGUUUUCUACUCGAGUGUCUCAACUACCUGUCCAACGUGAUCUCCAAACUAAACAACAGAAUAGAUAGUUUGUCGCUUUUGUCCAAAGCGACUAAAGUAAGUGCAUUCAACAAUGAAGAUAUAUCCCAAAAGUGCAAGAAUCAUUUGAGUAAAUAAAGUCAUAAAAUAAGCAUAGCAACUACUUUUCAGUGCUACAAUAAAGA